AUGGCUAACACAGCUUUGUACAUUCUACUGGCUGCGACCGCAGUGGCGGCGGUGCAGGUCAACUUCGUGCCCCCGGCAGCCACCAGCUACAUCUACAGGAGCGACAACAACGGCCCUGCGACCUACAUCAAACUGGGAGCUCCUGCGCUUCCCCACCAUACGGCUCACAGCUCCUACGUGCCGCACCUGCCGGUCCUUCAACCUAAAUUCCAAGCGAUUGAAGCUAUCGAUCUGGCCCCCGUACCUCUACCUUAUUUGGCUGCUAAGCCCAUCGUUGUAGAAGAUGCUGAAGAAAGUGAUGAUGACGAUGAUGAUGACGACGACAGUGAAAGUUCCGAAGAAUACGGUGGAGAUGAUUAUGGACAUGCCUUCGCUAAGGGUGGUGGCAGCAACUAUGGUGAAAAGCAUCACUCAGCGCAUGGAGAAAAGGGAAGCAAGGGCUACCACACCGAGGAUCAUCAUGCUAAGGGUGAAGCGGGAAACUAUGGCAAGAAACAUGAUGAAGGUUACUACAAGGAAGCUGAAGGUGGUGAGAAGGGACAUCACGACGUCGCCGCAGUACAUGGUAAGCACUACGAAGGUGGUAAAAGCUAUAAGGGUGGAGACCACGGACACAAGAAGCACUUCAGCAAAGGAGAAGAUAUCACUGGUUACCACAAGGUGUUCCACAAGGACGAGUUCAAGAAGGACCACGACUUCUAUGACGUUGCUGAUAAGAGCGGGCACUUCAACAAGCAUGGACAUGAGAACGAGCAUCAUGGUUCCGAAGAAGGUGGCCACGAGGAGGGAGGUCAUCACGACUCAGCGUCCAACAAGGGAGGAUUUGGAAAAUCUGGCUUCCACGCUAAAGGUCACAUUGAUGAUGCUGACGCAAGUCAUUCUGCUGAGGAUGGUCAUGAAAGUCACUAUCAUAAUAAAGCUGAUUUCGGCAAGAAGGGUGGCAGUAGUCAUGGCCAAGAGUUUGCUUUCGCUAAUGACGAUGACGAGGACGACGACGAUGAUAGCCAUUAUGAUGACAAGGAAUAA